GAGAUGGGUUUAUAGACCAGGACCGGAACACCAUUGGAGACCGCAUCGCAUCUUAUAUCCCAUCCGUCUGACGCUCACAACCUCGCCAUGUGGCCAAGCGGAAGAAACCUCCCCCCCUCCUCUCCACGCUGCCUCUCACGGCCUGAUAGGUAAUCAGCAAGAAUAGCCCAUGACAAAAAACCGAACCGCGACGCUACGGAGCUACGUGAUGGGCGCCGGACUUAGCAAGCAAGCACGAAACCACCACCCGGCCGAGCCAAGCUUUCACGCCCAUCGCACGUCCGCUGGCGUGCAACAAAGAGAGACGCGACUCGGACCAACUCCAAGUGCGGGGAUUACCAAUCGGACGGGAGCGUCCAUCUAUCGUAAAUGGCGCGUCUGGAAAGGCCGAGCUGCAAGGAAGAUGAGGGACGCAAGGGGAGGAGGAGGGUGUCGGUAUUACUCAGGUGGAGAUGGGGUUGCAUCUACCGACGCCACGGAUUGGAAACACAGGGAUCUUUCUUUUCUCUCUGUCUGUCUCUCUCACAGUGAGCACAGUCGAUUCAUCAUCAUUCAUCGAACGGCCCAGGCCUUGGCGGAGUUUAGGGCUGACGCGAGACCGUGGAUCCCUUUGGUUGGUCGGAUUAGAGUUGUCGCCGCACGGUAUCUCCUAUUCCCAUCUCAUCUCAUCUCAUCAUAUCUCACAGAGCAAAGGCCCUUCCUUUCCUUACUGCCGAUGGACGCCGGAUCUUGGAGCUAUUGAGCCACCGCUAACCAUGUGUUGCUUUGGAAUUACCCCGGCCGCUGUUAGCCAGAUACACCCCAUGUCGUCUCGUUUUGUGCUGGCUCGUGUGUGAAUGUACCGCGCCCUUCACUCUG